CCUUUUUCGCUUCCCCGCUCCGCUAGCAAUACCUCCAAUUCCCAAGGAAAAAUUCCUUUAGGAAAAAUGACGGGAAGACUAUCGAAGAGAGAAUAGCGACUUCUACUCAACAAAUAUCGCAUCAAGUGGCAUUUAGAGUAAACUGGAAUUGUGCGAUUAUAAAGGUAGCCAACUGAGUAAAGACGACCAUGCACUCCUGAGUGCACAGCAUCGCUUGUGUUUCCUGCUUCUCCCUGGAUCAUCAUCGGCUCUGUGAUGAACCACACCCCUAGCCCCCACAUGGCCGAGGCCGCUAAGUCCGGGGCGGGCCUGCUCUGUGGCCUGGGCCUGGGGCCGGACAGGGUCCGCUCUCCUGAUAGCCUGACCCACACGCCCAGCCCCACGGGGGGCACCCCCAGCUCCAGCCCUCCCCUGCUGCUCUCUCCUGGCCUGGGCGAGUCUGGGGACUGGGAGAGCCGUGAGGAGCUGCGUCUGAGGGAGCUGGAGGAGGCCAGGGCGCGAGCUGCCCAGAUGGAGAAGACCAUGCGCUGGUGGUCGGACUGCACGGCCAACUGGAGGGAGAAGUGGAGCAAGGUGCGUUCCGAGAGGAACCGGGCACGGGACGAGGUGCGGCAGCUCCGCCAGAGGCUGGACGCCCUGACCAAGGAGCUAACAGGCGCACGGCGAGAGCGCCAGGAACUGGCCUCCGAGAACGAGACACUCAGACAGGAAGCACUGCGUCUCCGUGCUGACCAGGCCUCACCCUCCCACGCCCCCUCAGCACCACCCUCCUCCUCCACCCCAUCCUCCUCCUCCUCACAGCCCCUUGUGGACAGCAAUCAGGACAGGGUGGGCGAGGGGCCCGGGUCACCAGAACAGGAACCAGUGAGAGAUGUAGACACCGAGAAACCUGACCGACAAAAGGAGCUGGAGCUGUUGGAGUCAGUGCUGAGGUCCAAGGCGGAGGGUCCAGACUCGUGGGACGCCCGUAGUGCCAGCAGCCUGCGUUCUGCCCUGAGUCGCCAGGACCGCAGCCGGCUGCUCUGGGAUGACAUCACUGCCAUGGAGGAGGACCCCGGCAAGAUCAACGCCCUCCAGCUCCGCCUCGACGAAUCACAGAAGGUCCUGCUCAAGGAACGCGAGGAUAAGCAUGCACUCAGUAAGAGCAUAGAAAAGCUGGAAACAGAGCUAAACCAAUGGAAACUCAAAUAUGAGGAGCAGAACAAGACCAAGCAGGAAGCCAUGAAACAGCUGAACAUGUUGAAGGAGGUACACCAGGAUGAGUUGGGUCGUAUGUCGGAGGACCUGGAGGAUGAGCUGGGAGCACGCACCAGUAUGGAUAAGAAACUGGCCGAGCUACGUGCAGAGAUGGAGCGCCUGCAGGUGGAGAACGCUGCUGAGUGGGGCCGGCGAGAGCGUCUGGAGACCGAGAAGCUGGCCCUAGAGAGGGACAACAAGAAGCUGCGUGCGCAGACGGAGGACCUUGAAGAACAGCUGGCCCGUAAACGCCGGCAGGCGGCCAGUGCCCUGGACACUGACCUCAAGACCAUCCAGACUGAGCUGUUUGAGAGGAAUAAGGGUAUCGAUCGAGACGGGGGGAGAGAAACACACAGACGAUUAAGACACUGUGGCGACACCGACAAAGAACAAAGUGAGUUGGCAGACAUGCGCCACAUCCACGCCAAGGUGAAGAAGCAGUACCAGGACAAGAUGGCCGAGCUGGCCCACGCCAACCGGCGGGUGGAGCAGCACGAGACAGAGGUGAAGAAACUGAGGCUGAGGGUGGAGGAGCUGAAGAAAGAACUGGGUCAGGCGGAGGACGAGCUGGAUGAGGCCCAUAACCAGACCAGGAAGCUACAGCGGUCUCUGGAUGAGCAGGUGGAACAGUCAGAGAACCUCCAGGUCCAACUGGAACAUCUGCAGUCCCGACUGAGGCGGCAGAAGAACCCGGGCCUGUUUGGGAAGAUGAGGUCAGCUCGGUUCAGCCCAGAGAACCCAGAUGGACCGCCCAGUGACCCAGACGAAGAGGAGGAGGAGCUACAGAUCCAGAUCCCAUGAACAAAGGAAGGACACACAGACAUCCAUCUGAUGGAUAGACAGAUGGACAGACAGACUCUGACUUAGGGCUCUUCAUUUCACACCGUGUGUGUCCCAUAGACAGACAGACUGAUAGUUGGACAGAUGUGAUCUUGACACCCACUCAUCUCCAUUGACAUGCCCCAUCCUGUUAGAGACAAACACUGACACAUGGUUGCCAUGGGCAAGGUUGUCAUGGACACCUGUCGUUACCUGUACCUGUGAACUACAGAGCAACCAGCAGGGGUCAAGAGAGAGCCCUCACUACACUACAACUGACAGCACACUACACUACCACACUACAGUACAACCCACAGUGCACUACAGUUACAAGCCACUACAGCCAGAGCCUACAGCGCUCUAGUCCUCAACACCUCAAUCAUCACCACUAUCACUCCCAUAUCUACAACACCCUCAGUGAUGAAACACUCUCUCAAUCACACUGCCACCCAUCCUCAGUCUAAAGCUCAUGCCUCCUCUUUCACCCUUCCUUCUCUUUCUCUUUGCAUCCUGAGUUACUUCACCCAGCGAAUGUUGUACAGUAUCCUUCCUGAUGUAUAAAAACACUCAAGAUAGCGGCGUUGACAUAGCUGUGAUGUUCCAGCCGUGUUCCGGUAAUGUUAUGUAAUGCGUUGGAAUUGUAUCAGUAGCUGUACAUACAGUUCAGGACGGUAAGGGUGUUUAGCCCUCAGGUCACUGUGCAAAGGGUGUGUGCUUGGAGCCUGGCACCUGGGAUCAUCGUUAGUUCAUCAGUAUUUUGGGCUCAGCCUCAGACAGCUAAACUCUCCCAGUAUGGGGGACAGGUAGUAUUCUUGGGAGAGACUGGGACUGGAUAGAAAGGGACAUAAAGGGCCCUCCACCUCUAUGUCCCCUUGUCCCAUUGUCCCCUCACCAUAACCACUAAGAGACAAGGUGCUUAUGUAGGGGAUGGAUCCAUUAGACCUACAGUAUUAACUUCUCGACAUAGUGGGUUGUUCAUUCUGAAAGAAAAGUUUGUGGUCAAUACACACAUCCUUAAAAAACGUAGAUGCUGGGCUGAUGAAGUAUAUACUAGAAAAGAACAGAAAGGCCUGCGCACUGCACUGUUUUGAUCCAAAAGGGUCUUCGUCAGGUCAAGAUCUUUGUGGAUUGAAACGUUGUCUAUAAAUGUCGUAAUUGGCAGCAUAUUCGGUGUGCAGGCCUUUCUGUUCUGUUCAUUCUGAAAGCAAUAAGACAUCGGCUAUCACUCCCACUUACUCAUCUGCUACUAUGGGGACCAAGGUAUUUUUAACGAUCAUGAUUUGCAAAUUAUUUAUGUUGUUGUUUUUGAUAAUUGAUCUGUAAACCACAGUGUUUUUGUAUUUAGCUCUAUAAAUGUUAAGUGUACAUUAUA